AUGUCCAUCUUCAAGGAGCUUCGACGCCGGUCCAAGGCCAGCUUUCGCACAAACACGUCCGGUGUAUCGCAUUCCAACGGCGAUAUGACAAGUGGCCAGUCCUCGUCGACCUUGGAGACUUCAUAUAGCUCCAGCACGCCCCCGUCGUCAAUCAAACCUACUUUGUCCACCAGCAAUCUCCAGACUCUAAGCAAAUCAGUCAGCGGAUCGGAGACUCCCAUGCAGUCGCCGCCUCCGCAACGUCCAGUGCCCAUAUCUUCCCAAUCAAACAGGAACAGUUUCUACGCCGGAAACAGCUCACCUGCAAAUGGCUCUAUUCGUACCCCCGCUCCUACCUCCCCAUAUGCUCCUCGAAUCCUCUCCGUCUCUGAUAAUUCAUGGGUCCAUCAAAAAGUCCUCCUCGUGUACGGCCAAGUUGGCGAUCCGCGACAACAUCCCAUCAACGGCACUUUGACAGUCUAUCACAAUCAGGAAAACUUUCCUACGACCACCUGGCCUGUCUGCGAAUCUCAUUUCAAGGUGCUGGUUCAUCUUGUACCGGGCCCGAAUCGUCUCCGCUUUGAUUUUACCUCCUCUAAACAGUCAACCAGCUCUGCCUCGAGUCAUUCUUCCUGGCAUAAUAUCAACUACCUCCCCCUCAUCAAUUCCCCUCCCCUCGAUCUUGUCAUUCUUCUAGCUAAGGAUUCCCCCGGCACUUUCGAUGCGCUACCCGAUCGCGCUCAAAGAGGCGAGAAUAACCUUGAGAUGGCUGUACGAAAGUAUCGAAUGGCUGCCUAUCUCUGGCAGGCUUUUACGGGGGAGCAAAUGUUCCGACAUUCUUUUGGCCGACGCUGCUUUCGCUUUGAGGAAGAAUGGCAAGCGGGGACUCUUAGUCAACGAGACGCCCAGACUGGGCAAAUGAGAAACGAGGCCAAGAUUCACAUCGUGCGUUCUGACAAGACGGUCGCAGAGCUACGGGACCUAGAUCUUGCCCAACAGCAUGGGCCUGCAACCAAGAAAGAUGGACUUUUUGAAAUCGCCAAGGAUGCCGUCACCAACCACUUUCAACCACACCCUGAUCAGAAGCGAUAUGUUUCAGUGUUGUUGCUCGAUUCCCAAUGGGACACCCAAUCGAGAGUGAUCACCGGCCAUGCAGCAUUGGGCUCAGAUAGUGGCAAUAUAAAAAUGGCUAUCUUCGGCUCUCACAGUCUCCAAAGCUACCCUUCUUGUCUCGAGGAGGUCGUUCCAGCAUUUACUGACUGCACCAGGACUGACACACAGUUUCUUGCGAACGACUGCGAAGAAGCAGGAAGCAACUGGGAGUCAGCCAAUAUUGGCAUAGGCGCACAUUUACACGAAGUCGGCCACUUAUUUGGUUGUCCUCACCAAGAAUCUGGUGUAAUGCUCCGAGACUAUGUGCGUCUAAACCGGACCUUCACCAGCCGUGAACCAUUUUCAACUCGGACAAAGUCCCAGGGCUUGAAAAUAUGCACACCAGCGGAUGAGUGUCAAUGGCACCGGCUUGAUGCUCUUCGGUUUAGGUUCCAUCCUUGUUUUCGCUUGCCCAGCGAUCCCCCCUCACACCAUGACGAGAGCAUUCAAUUGUGGCCAGUAGAGAAUGGAAAGAUCCUUAUUACCGCUAAAUCGGGGGUGGCUUUUCUCGAAGUUUAUGUCGACGGAGACGAUCUUUGCCACCACUUUCUAGAGUUCAUUCACAGCGAGUCGCCGAAUAGCAAUGUCCCUCGACAGGUGACUGUCACGGAGGCUGAGCUACGGCAGUUACUACCGUCUGAGAAACAGAAGAAGAAGUUUCGCAUACAGGUCUUUUCAGGCGGUCUCGGGAAGCAGACUGUCGAUGAUGUCGGCCUUUUUACUUCGAAAAAGUCGUUCGUGAAGCUCCCCAAGGGUCAAUUAGGCUUCAAGGGUAGCAAGCUCGGCAAUUCGCAGUUGGAUAAUACUGAACCGCAACAAAUCCUCUUGGACAGCACUUUUAUCCAGACCAAAUUGUUGACAUCCAUCAAAGUUUAUCAUGGUUUUGCAUUGGACGGUAUGGAGUUUUUUUACGAAGAUGCGACUAGUCAGCUCUUUGGCAAAAGAGGUGGUAAGCCGGGCGGCGAUGAGUUUGUUCUUGACACGAGGCGUGGAGAGAUUUUGCUGGGCUUCUAUAUCCGGGCUGGCCUCUGGAUCGAUGGCAUCGAGAUUCUCACAAGCUUAGGAAGAAAAUCAGGGGUUUAUGGAAAUGCACAGGGUGGUUCAGGACAUACUCUUAUACCUCCUCGAGGAUACAGCAUUGCUGGCAUAUCGGGCACCUGUGGCUCAUGGGUCGACGGGCUUUCAUUGAUCAUUAUGCGCUAA